CCAUUUUACCCCAACCUGCUACAAUUAAUCUCUACAACAAUUUACAGAUUGAAAUAAACGUGGUAAUAAUCUCUAUUUUAAUCCACAGAUAAAAGAUAUUGUUUACAAAACAUGCAAAGUCACACCAGUGGAUAUUCUAAAUGUGCCAACAACUUUAACUACAACGGUAUUUCUACGAUACCGACGAGCAGGAAACGACUCACUGUGUCUUUAUACUCAAACGAACUGAAGCCACCGCAUAUAAGAAUAACAACAAAAGUAUAUAACUGCACAAACACCAAAACAAAAACGGACACAACAAAAAAUUAUACAAACACAGUGAUAAACGCAACCAACGACCCCACCAAAGCAAAAUAUAAAAACACAACAACAUUUACACAAACAACUUACCCAAAAAAUACCACACAAAAUAUUGGACAAGCUGUAACAACACAAACAAUGUUAAACAAUCUUAGUAUCAGUGAAACUACAAAACAAACCAACACAACCGCAACGACAUCAUAUCUCGCAGUUCAAACAAACAAAUUUACGACAGUAAAUAACACACAUGAUAACACACAAGUUAUAUUUACCGAUAACACCACAACGCAGAGCGGGCAGCCUACCACAGAUGAGAAUGGCGCCGACGGUUACUUAAUCGUGAUACAUUCAUCCAUCGUUCUCGUGUUAGGAAUAUCCGCACUAAGUGUUAUUGUCAUGCUAGUAGGAGUGAUCAAGUAUACACAGUACAGAAAAGCUAACAAAGAAGACGCCGAGAAGAAGAAACUUAUAUCCCGCCAUCAAUCAAAUAUUCCAAGAUACGAUCGACUCGCACCAACUGCGCCACCGUGCGGCGAGAUUCCAAGACCUCGUGCAACUUUUACAACUUUUUUCGAAUCGUCAAAACCAAGCAAUUCUAAUACGAAAGAAACAAUUACAACAGUUCCAUAUCGACCAAUGAGCAGUCACGAAUACGCAUCAAUUAAAAGACGACCAAUGAGCGAACCGAACGUUGGUGACGUCAUAUAUGAAGAGCCAAUCAGAGCGACGAUAACUGAGGAAUCAAUCUAUCUUGAUCUUGAAGACGAAGCAAGCGAUCAAUGAAUGAAUGAAUAAAUGCAACUUAUUUAUCCUCGUAUGGCGGGACAACGACAGUCGUUAUAAAAA